AUGGCGCACACAAUUCUAGAAUAUUCAACAUUGGAGUCAACGUCUAAAUGGAAGAACUUACCACCACCUCCAGGUUUUUCAAAGUCGUCAUCAUCGACUCAUAAAGUGACCAACUCUAAGAAAGCGGUGGUGUCUCCGGAGUCUUAUGACGCGCUCAAAGAGAAACGCGCAUGGGAUGUAGCAAUUGCUCCUGCCAAGUCGCUUCCUAUGCAGGCUUUCAUGCUUUAUAUGUCUGGCGGUGGUGUUCAGAUUUUCAGCAUAGGAAUAGUGUUUAUGCUGCUGCUCUCUCCUUUCAAGAACAUAGCUGGCAUCAAUGAAGCGUUCGCCCAAUAUGCGCCUUCAAAGAAAAGACCAAAAGCAAUCACCACUCUACCUAUUCACAAAGCUGUCUAUAUCCUGUGCAACCUUCUUACACUGGGUGUAGGCCUAUGGAAAUGUCGGUCAAUGGGCUUGCUGCCAACUGGUACAGGCGAUUGGCUUGCGUUUGAAACUCGAGGGCCUGCACCCGAAAUAUCAUUAUUCUAA